ACGCGUCGGUCUCUUUGAUCUUCGCUGUUUCUAAAGCGCGACUGUUUGUUACUUUCAAGUCGCGCGGAUCGUCACAGCAUAAAGAACUUUUCCUCUCUCGCGCGAGUCUCAAACGCUCUUCUGAGCGCCGAAAACAGCGACGACAACAAUCAAAAGUACAUUAAUAAAGUUCGCGUGAAUAUGCCGCAGCUGAACGGUGGAGGGGGAGAUGAUCUCGGGGCGAAUGAUGAGAUGAUCGCGUUUAAAGAUGAAGAGGAUCACGAGAAGAUCCGCGAGAGCGCGUUCACGGAGAGCGACCUGGCUGAUCUCAAAUCAUCUCUGGUCAAUGAAUCCGAGAUCAGCCAGAACUCAAACUCUGCUGUGAUCAGAAGAGGACAGCAGGAAGAUCAGAGGAUCUACACCGAUAAACGAGAACAUCUGGACAACGUGCCCAAACAUCAAGAUGGUGGGAUGUAUAAAGCAUCUUAUUCUGGAUACCCGUUCCUGAUGCUGCCCGAGCCGUAUCUCCCGAACGGACCCGUCUCUCCAUCUUCCAACAAAGUGUCGGUGGUCCAGCAGGGGAUGCAUCCUCUGACGCCGCUGCUUCCCUACGAUCACUUCAACCCCAGUCCUCCACACAUCCCCACAGACGUCAGCCAGAAACCAGGUGUUCACAGACAUCAGUCACAGGAAAUCUCCGGCUUCUACUCGCUGCCUCAAGGCCAGAUCACUCCGUCCAUGAACUGGCCCAAUCAGCCUGUCUAUCCUCUGCCCUCCUGCGGCUUCAGACAGUCCUUCUCCUCCAGCCUCCAGAGCAGCUCGUCCUUCCCCAGGUUCUCUCAUUCUCUGAUGCUUCAGUCCGGCAUGCACCCCACAGGCAUCCCACACCCCGCGAUAGUGCCUUCCUCCGGCAAACAGGAGCACGAUCAGUUCGACAGGAACAUGUACACCAAAUCUCAUGCAGAGAUGAAGCGCGAGAAGGAGCCCAAGAAGCCGGUGAUCAAGAAGCCGCUGAACGCGUUCAUGCUCUACAUGAAGGAGAUGAGAGCCAAAGUCAUCGCUGAGUGCACGCUGAAGGAGAGCGCCGCCAUCAACCAGAUCCUGGGACGACGGUGGCACGCUCUGACCCGCGAGGAACAGGCCAAGUACUAUGAACUAGCGCGGAAGGAGCGACAGCUUCACAUGCAGCUUUAUCCCAGCUGGUCGGCCCGCGACAACUACGGCAAGAAGAAGCGGAGGAAACGAGACAAGCAGCAGGACUCAGGCACAGACCCCGGCUCGCCAAAGAAAUGCCGCGCUCUCUUCGGCCUCCAGCAUCAGACGGACUGGUGCGGUCCCUGCAGGAGGAAAAAGAAGUGCAUUCGCUACCUUCAAAGAGGACGCUGCACCAGCCCCCAUUCUUCCGAUGGAAGUGCUAUAGACUCCUCCCCUUCACCUGUCAAUCACCUGCCAAACCCCGCCUCCCCCACCAGCAGUCCCCUCCCACAGAGCGCCAAACGCCCCGCCCACUCGCCCAGACUCUCGCUCGACUUCAGCAGAAUUAAAACAGAGAGCCACAAUAACCCAGACUGAUCACGACGGAGACCGAUCUCACCUUCUUCAAGUUCACUUCACAAAAAAACAAAAACACAAGAUCAAGUUCACAUGGGGUGUCCUCUCAUCUUUUAGGAAGUCAUGGAAUUAGAUUUCCAUGUGGAUGAAUCUCAUGAAGAAUCCUCAUUUUAAUGACAAUCAAGCAUAUCGUUUUCAUUACCAAUAAUGCAAAAAAGAUCAUUUUUGUUACUGUAGUAUGGAAAAUAUAUGUAUAUAUAUAUAUAAAGCACACAUAAACAGGGUUCAACGUUUACACUUUUAGAUCCCGAUACAGUUAAGUAGUUAAGAAAGAUUACACGAGCAAGAGUGCCGUUUUCCCAAAUAUCAGCACGAUUGAGAAUGGGAUUUUAUCUGAUUCUGCAAUCAAUACUUUGAUCUUGAAUGCCACCUCUGUUUCAUUAAACAGUUUGUGCAUCGACAUGCAGUGAAAUUUGGCUGAUUCUGAUUUUAUUUGUCUGGUAGCAGCAGUUUAGCCAUCUUUACAGUAGUGGAAAUUAUUAAUGUGUGUGUGUGUUUGUGCAUUACAGUAAUGUGAAUUUUGGGGGAGAUGUGCUCAACUGUCAACACAAUCCCACAAAUCUGAAAUGGUCUUAACUUAAUUUUCUUUUUUGGUAAAUGUUUUUUUUUCUGCUAAAGCAAGAGCUGGAUGUUUCUUCAUGAGAUUCAGUCACUGUGUGUGGAGAGAAAUGAUGGUGUGAGUGCAUCCGUUCUCACGAUAACUCUUGUACAAUCAAAUAAGUGUUGUUAAACGUCAUCUUUUAUAGACUGAAAGGCCGUAAAUAACUAAACUUUUAUAUGUUUUUAUGUAAAGAGAGAAAAAAGAAAAAAAACAUUCCUUGGCUGUUUACUUUUAAUGAUACAAGUUCCAGUCUGAAUCGCUUUUGUUGUGUAGAUCUGAAGUAGUCAGCUAUGCCUGUCAUCCAUCCACACGUCACAGAAUGAAAUGAUGUGUGUGUGUGUGUGUGUGUGUGCUUCGUAGAAGUCUUUCAGUGUUGACUCAGGUCUGUUCUGAAGCGAUCGUGUCAUCUGUGACCUCCUGCCCCACAUCUUCAGUGUUAACUCAUCGCUCGCUCUUUUGCUUUUGAUGUAAUGAUAAUCAUUCUCUAGAUUUAUUAAAAUAUUUUGAAAAAUCUG